AUGCCUUCAACUAUUAUUACACCUUUAUUUGCAUUUACUUGUGCUUUUGUCAAUAAACUUGUUCAUCAAGAAAAACUCAAAUCUAUCGAUGAAUUACGAUCACAUCCAAAACGUGAUCAAUUACUUAAUAAAACACAACAACUUGGUUUAAAAUAUCUUGAAGAAUUCGAACAAAAAAUCCCUCGAGAUGAAAUGAAACAAAUGGAGACAAUUCUUUUGCGUGAGAUCACUGCAAUGGAUAAUCUAUUAAGAGCAGAAAUCGUCGGUAGUUAUCGACGAGGUAAAUAG